AUGGUCAAGACCGAUCGCAAGAACCAGCUGGCUCCCGGUAUCAGCCGCCUGUCGCGCUCUAAGGUGUUUUCCAAGCGUGGCUUGUACAAGAUUGCCAAGACCGCUGCUCAGCCCAAGGCUGCUGCUUCGGCCCCGGCUCCCGCCAAGAAGUCGAAGAAGUCGCCCUUCGCUCAGAACGACCUUGUCGAUGCCCUGACCUACAAGAAGAACAUCUUCGUUCCCGCUAACGUCGCUGCUGUCCCCAAGGCUACCCGCAAGACCAACCGCACUCCCACUAUCCGCAAGUCGCUCACCCCGGGUACCGUCCUCAUCCUCUUGGCCGGUCGCUUCCGCGGUAAGCGCGUUGUGCUCCUGAAGCAGCUCUCGUCGGGUCUGCUCCUGAUCACCGGUCCCUUCAAGAUCAACGGUGUCCCCCUCCGUCGCGUCAACCCCGCCUACGUUAUCGCCACCUCCACCAAGGUCGAUAUCUCGGGUGUCAAGGUCGACGAGAAGUUCAACGACGCUUACUUCAAGAGCGAGAAGGAGACCAAGCUGAAGGGUACUGAGGAGGAGUUCUUCGGCAAGAACGCCCAGAAGAAGGAGCACCCCGCCCACAGAAUCGCUGACCAGAAGGAGGCUGACAAGGAGGUCGCCGCCAUCGUCGCCAAGGUCCCCUACCUUGCUUCCUACCUUGCUUCCACCUUCUCCCUGUCCAAGAGCCAGGCCCCCCACACCCUCAAGUUCUAA